CCUCCGCCUCUGCCCAGCCUCCUCCUCGUCCUCCAACACGAUAACACCCCACCUGGUCAAGGCUCAAGCACUCCUCCUUCCCAUGGAGGUUGUAAAGCACGGCCGUGACAACGCCCGCGCAUGAGGCGACCCUGUUGACAAUGGCCGUGUAUCGAGGCCACAUGAGGUCAAGGCUCCACUUGGGUGCCGAUUGAGCCGGCGGCGGCCCCAACAACAUCGAGUGUGGCCACAAUUUCUGUGAUAUAGUCUUGUUCUACCUAUUUUCAAUAGGAUUGACAAGUCUCGGUCAUCAUCGUUCAAUUUUCGGCCAUUUUUCGUUCCAAAUUUCAAAUUUUGGUUUACUCUUUUCGUCCAGGAUUCUCCUAAAAAUUUCUGAAAUGACGAAUUUCGCCCAUUUCACUAAGGUCCGGUAAAAAACAAAUCCAAAAUCUUGGCCAGGAGCAUUCUCUGCCUAAGAGACUUCUUCUUUUCUUAAUUUUUUGUUUUUUAUUAUUUCUCCACUGCGCGUCGGCCCAGUCGCUUGCCCUUCCCCCGCUCGUCCCUGUCCCCUGCAUUUGCAUUUGCUCCCCGCCGUUUGAGUUGCAUCGGGGUUUUUCCAUGGACCCGGCUCCCGGAGGUCAAGCCGACCUCAUCAGCGUCCUCCCGGAGGAUCUGCUUCUGGAGAUCCUCGAGCGUCUUGGUUCCGCCCGCGCCGCCGCGGGCACCAGCCUCCUCUCCCGCCGGUGGCGCGGUCUCUGGACCCGGCUCCCCAGCCUCACCCUCAGCUUCCACGACCUCCCGUUCGGCUCGAUCGAGGCCGCGCUCCACCGCGCCGCUGCUCGUCGACGCCCCGGUGUGUACAUCUACCACCUCAACAUCCGCGUCGCCGGCGAGGCCGGCACGAUGGGCGCCGGGAGGUUCUCCUCGCUGCUCUGGGACGCCGCGAGGCUCUCGCCGGUGGAGCUGCUCCUCACUCUCCCGCGGAACCUGGAAGUCUCCUGCAUGGAGGUGACACUGCCCAGCUUCCACCGCGCCACCUCCAUGGAUCUACGCGCGCGGGAACUCCACUUAACCGUAUGGGCAAAGCCAUAUGGGUCGCUCAAUGGCUACUAUGUCCCCUUCCGCUCGCUGGAGAGGCUCUCCCUCUCGGGAUGCCACAUCGAUCUGGCCACCUUCAUCCCGUUCUGCCAGCGCCUGCGCGUGCUCCGGCUGAACACCACCGGUCUGGUAGACAUGAGCAACAUUACGGUCCACUCCGCGUCGCUGGAGGAGCUCGUCGUGGAGCACGGCAACAGAUGGACCGGCCGCACCCGCACCCAUAUCAGCGUCGACUCCCCUGUGCUUAAGCAAUUGACAGCGUCCUUCCAUGCCUGCGGCAACAUCGGGGUGUCCAUCUUGGCACCAAUGCUGGACAAGGUCUGGUGGCGGUGCUCGUAUGCCAAGCCGAUCUAUGGGCUUGGUCUUUGGGGCCUCUCAGAGGUGGGCUUCAACACCAAUGCUGGGAGAGGCGCCUGUGUGCAGCUCCCUAGCGUCCAUGUCCUGUCCCUACACAUAUCUCCCGUCCAAGAUUCAGUUAGCUUUCCAAAUGCAGAGCUCAGCUUUGAGGCAGAGAUCGAUAAACAUAUGGUUACCAACUUCUCUGGUCUGGACCUACAUCUCAGCACCAAGGGCCAUGUGUUUGGAGCUUUUGUGCUGCAUCUCCUUGGGAUGCAUCGGAUUCGUACAGCUUUACGGAACCUUAAGAUUGUCCUGCUAAGAUCAGAGGUGAAAGAUGCAUGCCCAGUAAAUUGUCUCUGUGAUGAGCCUAAGAACUGGAGAACAGAAACUAUCACCUUGGCUGAUCUUGAAACCAUGGAAAUUGAAGGUGUCGGCGGGGAAGAUCACGAGUUUGAUUUCUUGGAAGUGAUAUUUAGAUGUGCUCCAAUGCUUAAAACAGUGACCGUGAGGCUGUCAGAUGGUGUCACUCCAAGUGUCGAUUGGUGCACAAAAGUAAACAACAUCUCCAUGGCAUAUCCUUCCGUCGAAUGCAAUGCUGAUCUGGUAAGCAGGGCCAAAGCUGUGUGUUGACAUGAUUGUCUGCGGAUUCAGGGUGCUCAUUAACAAGAUCUUCCUCUCCCAUGCCGACCAACUCUUAUCUGCUUUCAGGAUCUUGCUUAAUGGCUUCAACCUCAAUCUAUGCUACCUCCUGUUGUUUUACCACUGUAGUGGAGCUACAAACUCGAAGUGGUGCAGUCUCUGAUGUAAUUCCUAGCAUGGUUUCUAUGGUCUUCAAAUGUGGUACUGACUCCUUUUGGUUGGCUGGCCUGAAUAUUAGAUUUUUAAGUAGUAUCUCAACCGAUGUUGUCCAAGUGAUGCCCUGUUAAGUAGUUACGCCAAUGGCUUGCAUUGAAGAGCAGUGGCACAAGGCUUCUCUUGGUGGUCAAAAUUAAGAUGGACCUAAUCAUGUUUGUGGUUCUUCUUUUCUCCAGCA